AACAAAAAUGGGCACACGUUGUUUUCUCUCCUAUUUCUUUUAUUUGAAUAUCUUUUUCUGUCUUGUGAAUUCACAGCUCUACAUCACUUUUCAAAUCACAACUUUUUUAGCUAAGGAAAAAAAUGUCGUUCGUAGGAAAGACCAUCAAGUGCAAGGCGGCUGUUGCAUGGGAGGCGGGGAAGCCACUGAGCAUUGAGGAGAUUGAGGUUGCUCCGCCAAAGGCAGGUGAGGUGCGUCUCAAGGUGCUCGCAACCGGACUGUGCCACACUGACGCUUACACGCUCUCAGGGCAAGACGCCGAAGGUAAGUUCCCAGCGAUCCUCGGGCACGAGGGCGGCUGCAUCGUCGAGUCAGUCGGCGAAGGUGUCACCACAGUCCAACCUGGAGAUCACGUCGUUCCCCUGUACACGCCAGAAUGCAAGCAGUGCAAGUUCUGUAAGAGCAACAAGACCAAUCUCUGCUCCGUAGUGCGCGAAACACAGGGUCGCGGUGAAAUGCCCGAUGGCACCACAAGGUUUACUUGCCGUGGGCAGCCAAUUUACCAUUAUAUGGGGACGUCGACAUUCAGUGAGUACACGGUGGUGUGCGAGAUCUCGUGUGCCAAGGUUGAUAAGGAGGCGAGACUGGAUAGGCUUUGCCUGCUGGGCUGCGGGAUUCCUACCGGGUGGGGCGCUGUUAAUUACUCGGCCAAAGUUGAGGCUGGCGCGAUAGUGGCGGUGUUUGGUUGCGGCGCUAUUGGGUUGUCGGUUAUUCAGGGCGCCGUGGCUGCCGGCGCCAGCCGUAUCCUGGCAAUUGACGUGAAUCCGGACAAAUUUGAAAUGGCCAAAAAGUUUGGAGCCACGGAUUUCAUCAACCCCAAGGACUUUGGUGACAAACCUAUCCAGCAGGUCAUCGUGGACAACUAUGACGGCGGCGUCGACUACAGCUUUGAGUGCAGCGGCGGUAACGUCGACGUCAUGCGGGCGGCCCUCGAGUGCUGCCAUAAGGGAUGGGGCAAGAGCAUCAUUAUCAGUGUGGCGGCGUCCGGACAGGAGAUCAAGACUAGACCGUUUAUGCUGGUCACUGGUAGAGUAUGGAUGGGGUCGGCGUUUGGCGGUGUCAAGGGGAGGUCGCAGCUGCCGGAGUUUGUCAGAAUGUACUUGGACAACAAGCUGAAUAUCGACGACUACGUCACACACGAGUUUGACCUGGACGAUAUCAACAAGGGCCUUGAGGCCAUGCGUAGCUCCAACUGCAUCCGCGCUGUCGUCCACAUGUCCAAAUAACCCAUUUAUCUCCCUUUAAGCUUUUGCUACAGUUUUUCUUCUCGUUUAUUCAAUGUAAACGACAAACGGAGACUCUAUG